UAGGGUUUCUGACCCUAUUCUUCGCCAUCGGUCUUGGCGGCUAUAAAGGAUCUCAUUAGCGCAUUCGUUUGCGACCCUUCGACAAAGAGAAGAACGAGACCGACAAGGUGAGAAGAGCCGUCACGGGCGGCCUUCUCUUGGUGUUGUGCAGAUCAGUUAAUUAUGGAAGACCAGCUGAGUUAUCCUUCCGUCCUGCAGAAGUUGAGUGGACAAUCUUACUUCGUCUCUAAGUUUGCACCUUACUCCCAUGCUAGGACUAGCAGCGUCCACAAAUUCCCUUGCACCUAUGGCAAUGGGGGACUGCAGAGCCCAAUCUUGCAAAAUUUCCAUGGAAGCUUUGCACCCAUUGGUUUAUCAUCCCUUUCUGUUGUUGCCUCCGCACCAAAGGAAGCCGGUGUUACUGGAUUUCUCCUUGAUUUCCUCAUGGGAGGAGUCUCUGCUGCUGUCUCAAAAACAGCCGCAGCUCCCAUUGAGCGUGUCAAGCUCUUGAUCCAGAACCAAGAUGAGAUGAUCAAGGCCGGUCGUCUCUCUGAGCCAUACAAAGGAAUAGGUGAUUGCUUUGCCAGAACCAUGAAAGAUGAAGGUGUUGUCGCUCUUUGGCGAGGCAAUACUGCCAAUGUCAUCCGUUAUUUUCCUACUCAGGCCUUGAAUUUUGCUUUCAAGGAUUACUUCAAGAAGAUGUUCAACUUCAAAAAGGACAAGGAUGGCUAUUGGAAAUGGUUUGCUGGUAACUUGGCUUCUGGUGGAAUGGCCGGCGCUUCUUCACUUUUGUUCGUGUACUCCCUGGACUACGCAAGAACCCGUCUGGCUAAUGACGCCAAAGCUGCUAAGAAAGGAGGUGAAAGACAGUUCAAUGGUCUCGUCGAUGUUUACAGGAAGACCAUUCAAUCUGAUGGCGUCGCCGGACUCUAUCGUGGCUUCAACAUUUCUUGCGUUGGUAUCAUAGUCUAUCGUGGGCUCUACUUUGGAAUGUAUGAUUCCUUGAAACCAGUCGUAUUAGUUGGCUCCUUACAGGAUAACUUCCUUGCAAGUUUCUUACUAGGAUGGGGCAUUACAAUCGGUGCUGGGCUUGCCUCCUAUCCAAUCGAUACUGUUCGUAGAAGAAUGAUGAUGACAUCUGGAGAGGCUGUAAAGUACAAGAGCUCAUUGGAUGCUUUCAAUCAGAUUUUGAAGAACGAGGGUGCCAAAUCUCUAUUUAAGGGAGCUGGUGCCAAUAUCCUUCGUGCUGUUGCUGGCGCAGGUGUGCUUGCUGGUUAUGAUAAGCUCCAGCUGUUGGUCUUCGGAAAGAAAUAUGGUUCUGGUGGUGGAGGCUAAGUGCCACAACUGUUUUUUGGAUUCACGAGAUGAGAGAGUUAUUUAUGAUGAUGAUGAUGAUGAACAAGUAUGGUAGAAUAUUAUUAUCUGUGCUGCUUUAAUUUUCAAUCUUUCGUCAGAAUAAUUCUUGCAACUAAACACUCAUAAUUUUCCCUUGGGUUUUCCUGGAGGGCAAAUGGGUGGCGCGUUGAACUCUGUUUUUGAUCUCUUUUUUUUUUUUGAACCAAGAGAAGAACGAUCUUCUUUGUUUGUUUGAGAAUUAAUUGUCUGUGUGUUUUAGAUUUCUGCAAACAUUUUAUAUUAAGAAAUGACUACCAAAUUAUUUGAUAAUAUAUAAACAUUGAUGUCUAUUUC